ACUCGUGUGUUUAUCUCGCUUUUUCGUCGCCACUUAUGGACGGCUGGUACGCUCGUUGGGUAGUUGCAGCCUUAGUCGCAAAAUUGUUUCGUGCAGGCCAAGAAAUUGUUUGCAAAUCGGGUUUGCUUGGACAAUAAUUUCAAAACGGCUAACCACAUAUCUGGCCGUUGAAUAAGAAAAUAAGUGUACGUGAGCACCAGUAACUAUGAGAAGAAUGGGCAGAGUGGAAAGAGUUCCACAUCAUGACCUCAUUCCUAACCCCAAAGAUAGAAGAGAAGUGCACAACCAAAAAACAGUGGAACAAUAUACUCCAAUGAGAGUAGAUUUUGGCGGUGGUAAUUCGGGCAGAGAUACAAAGCCUGUAAACAAUUCAGAAUCAUGCACCAAUGUUUCUCACAAGGAUACUGCUAGAACACAAUCCCACCUAGAUCAUCUCUCAGCAGAAGUUCUUUCUAUAAUUGCGCAGAUGUUCAUUGACCCGAUACCCAACCCAACUCCAUCAGGAUUGGAGUACUUGCCUUCCGGCACCGAAACUCCCAUAAACGAGUUAAAAAAUGGCUUUGCAAAGUAUAGCCCAGUCAUGUGGGCUGAUCCCCUUCUGCCUUACGAGCUGAUCGUGAUGACUGAGUCCUCUUCUCAUAAUAAUGUCCCAGCCGUCGAAGUUGAUGUUUGCAACAAAUACGCAGAUUUAUCACCUGCUCUUAGACUUUCCCCUCUAGGAGAGCAAGUUAAGAGGAUUUCAGGGAUGGUGAAUGAUUUACACGAUCUUUACAUUUUUGCUCCACACAUAGUGGGCCUGGUACCACUACUCACAAUAAUGGACAGUUGCGACCUAUGGACAACGCCUUCUUUAGAUGAAGCAGCCAUCGUUCGUCUGUUAUUACUUCAAACCUUAACAAUCGAUGCACACCAACAAGUCUACGUGUCGUCAGCCAUCAAUCAGUUUGCCAUAAACAUGAACGUCAAGCGGACGGACUGCAAGCUUGUCUGGACACCUGCUAUUGACACAUCAGAAAAACUGCAAAUAGGGGUGGCAACAUCAACGAGUAACUUGUAUUUCCGUACAAUCGAUGAAUACGCCGCACUAUUUUCUGGAUUGGCAACCGACACUGUUCAGAUAAGAGAUAAAACAGAAAGUGAGGUGGACUUUAGUGAUAUUGUCUUUAUACCAGUAAAGUGGGCGUGGAGAGGACAGGCGUGGUUGGUACCUUACAUUCUUUCAUUUACAACAACAUCAUGGUGGAAUCAUGCAGUCACCGUAGAUGUUACCUACUCUAAUGCCGUGGCCGAAAAGACUGCAGGUACUUUAAUGAAAGCCAGAUUCUUACCUCGUGCCUCAACCGUUUAUAUUCCUGGACACUAUAAGACUAUAUGUCUUAUUAUAGUCGACUCAACACAGCAAAGUUUGCAGGAUGCACAAAAUUAUCCUCUCUGUCGCGGAAUAGAGGCAACGCGCCAAGGAAAUUUUGACUUUGCAAAACAAAUUUACGCCUAUCUUGGUAGAAGAACAGAUGACUAUGUCCGUCGUAUGAGAGUAACGGACAUCACGCAAGCUUUGAAUCGUAUAAAAGAGCACAUGUGUACGCCCAUGGAGUUUCGAAAAUUGCAUGUCAAAACAUCCGUGCUUGCAACGUCAAAAUUUAAUGGAUAUGGAUGCUAUCCUAAUCCAGAUCCCCCUCCGAGAGUCACUGGAGAUAGGGAAGCAGACCGUAACAACAUCUUUGGUCCAGCCCAGUUUAAUGCAAAGAAUGAUAUCAAGGUGGCAGAUUACGUAUUGCCAGAUCUCGCGUCUCUGACAAUUGCUGAUCGGACAAAUCGGCUAUUAGCACAUCAGACAUGGAGGUGUGAUCCUCUUGGCUACUUGGCUUAUGGUUUAGUGAACACAUCAAGAGAUGCCUCUCAUAAGCCAUGUCUGUAUGAAUACAGAGCUGGAUGUAUCCAGUAUCAGUUGGGUCAGGCGUCAUCUAUUAUCAGAAUACUUAGAGUUUGUGGCAUAUUCUCCCAGGACCCCGAUCCUGAUAAAUAUAUUUCACGAGAACCUUUUGACGUUUUUAACACCACUAUUGGAUACGGUUCUUUGAUCAUAGGAUUAACGAAUUGGGCCUUUGUGCAGCUAGGUGUUUCCAUUUUUGAGCACAACAGACUUUCAAAGACAUGGAGGCUUUUACCCGAUCAAUAUCUUGAGUUAUGGCCAUCAUUGACUGAUGGCUUUGCAAUCCGUUCUUCCGAAUUUAUGGACAGAUUGGUUGAUAUUGAAAAAUACAAACUACCACUACAGUUGGAAUUGCCCUUGGUGGUACGUGGCUGCUAUUGCCACCAAGUUCGGACAUAUAUUUAAGAUCAAGACGGGGCGUAAUAGUGAAUUCUUAGCGGAUAAAAACAGAAAUAGCUCAAACAAUAUGAUAGGAUGGCUAUUAUUACCAAAUGUCUGUGCUCCAUACGAACUAAGCUUAUUGACAUCAAGCAAACAAUAUGAGAAAAAAAUUUGCAGUAGUAAGCCGGCAUUCUUUGACAUCUUAACGCCGACAUUCAAUGGCAAAAGUGAGACAUAUAACUUCAUAUCGUGGGAUUUAACUCAGGUGCUAGACUCUAAGAAAACUGAGUUCCGUUCCAAAGCCCAUACAAGUCCACCUCACACUGCUGGCAUUGUAGAAUUGAAUGUGAUAAUUUUGCCAACAGCACGCAUGUCCAAGAUGCAGACAUAUCCUCGUGCCUUUGUGGCAUCUGGCAAUCGUGUAGACGGGUUUAAGGAAAUGCCCUGCGUUUCUGGUGGACUAAAGUGGCCCAAUGUUCCCUCUGACUGGGUUUUGAAAGUUGGAUUAGCUGUCCUUCCCCAUCUGAAAGGAGGAGCCUCUACUUUUGGACCAUAUGUACUAUCUGUUGACGAUUACUCAAAAGGCUAUCAAGAAAUUGAAGGUGUCGAGCUACAACACGGAACACAUGAUUCUGCUCUUGACCCACUAGAUCACGAACAGCUUAAACAAGGAUAAUAGGCCCGCAAAGCAUUCUAAGCACCAUAGUUGUGAUGUAUAUCGUGCAAGAAAUUAAGUUGAAUUGAAACUAGUUGGUUAAUUUGCUUGUAUAUUUGUUUAAGCUGGUUUGUCGAUUUUCCGAUUAAAUAACUGAAGUAAUUCCUUAUUAUGCACAGACACUUGUAAA